AUGAAGUUCGCCCUUUCUCUCGCUGCUGUUGCCGCCUUUGUUGCCGCUGUCUCUGCUCAAGGCAUCUCUGUCAUCAACCCCACCCUUGGUGCCAAGUGGCCCGCUGGUUCCAAGCAAACCAUUACCUGGAACGUUGAUGGUGCUAAGACCGUUACUGGCAUUGUGUUGCGUCAAGGUGAUGCCAACAACCUUAACACCCUCUACACCAUCUCUUCCGAUCAAAUUGAUGCCAGCGAAGGCAAGUACGAGUGGACCAUUCAAAGUGACACCAAGCCUAGCAACGACUAUGCUGUCCAAGUGACCACUGACCAAGGUCAACAAUACUCUCCUUUCUUUGAAAUUACCGCUGGUGGCGAUAGCGGUAGCGGUAGCAGCAACUCUACCAGCUCUGAUGCUCCUUCUGCUUCUGGCUCUGCUGCUGCCUCUGGUUCAUCUGCUGCUGCCUCUGGUUCUUCAUCUGCCUCUGGCUCUGCUGCUGCCUCUGGCUCUGCUUCUGCCUCUGGUUCCGCUGCUGCCUCCGGCUCUGCUUCUUCAUCUGCUAAGCCUACCUCUGCUUCUGCUUCUGGCUCUGCUGAUUCCUCCUCCUCUUCUGCUGCUGCUUCCUCUGAUGCCGCUGAAAACGAUGAAAGCGCUGGUUCUUCCUUCAAGGUCAAUGCCGCUCUUGGUGUCGCUGCUGGUGCCGCUGCUCUUGCUCUCUUCUAA